AUGUCUUUGUCCAACGCCGCUGCUAGCAAAUUGAACUGGGCCAAGGUAAUUGCAACCUUGAAGCUUACGGGUAAGACGUCCGCGCAGCUGUCUGCAUUCAAGAAGAGAAACGACGAAGCUAGAAGACAACUGUACGAGCUGGAAUCUCAAGAAACAAGCGUCGAUUUCGAGCAUUUCCGCUCUGCUUUGAAGAAUAGGGCAGUAGUGGACCAGAUUGAGCAGUCGUUCAAGUCAUACAAACCAGUCUCGCUAGAUGCAUCGAAGCAGCUUUCCGUUAUCAAAGCGUUCGAAACACAAGCUUUCUCGAAUGCAAAGGAAACUGAACAGUUGGUCGCCAGUGAGUUAAAGGCCCUACAGGAGACUUUGAAGAACAUCGAGUCAGCAAGGCCAUUUGACGAAUUGACUGUGGACGAAUUGGCAAAGGCCAAGCCAGAAAUUGAUGCCAAGGUUGAAGAAAUGGUGAAGAGGGGAAAAUGGGACGUACCUGGCUACAAGGAGAAGUUCGGUGAUUUGACUGUUAUGUAA